CAAUCCUGGGAUGGGAACCAAUAUUUUUUACAACCUCCUCUACACCCCACCCACAAAGAUUAUGAUGUUGACUGGUUGUAGCAGUGUGUCAACCCCAGUGGCGGAGGCAGCAAGGAUGUGGAAUCUAGUAGUGCUUGCCUUUGGAGCCAGUUCACCCGCCUUGUCUAACAGGAAGCGGUUCCGCACCUUCUUCCGCACACACCCUUCUGCAACCCUCCACAACCCCACCAGAAUCAAGCUUGCCAGGACAUGGGGCUGGAAGCGCAUCUCCGUCAUCCAAGAGACCCAAGAAGUCUUCACCUCAACCAUAGAAGACUUGGAGCAACGUGUGAAGGCUGAAGGCAUGGAGAUCAUCAGUAGGCAAAGCUUCCUCACUGUACCUGACAACGCGGUCCAGAACUUGAAGAGACAGGAUGCUCGUAUCAUCGUUGGGGUAUUCUAUGUGGGCAUGGCAAGGAGAGUCUUCUGUGAAGUGUACAAGCAGAAGCUGUAUGGUCCUAAGAUUGUCUGGUUCCUGAUUGGAUGGUAUCCUGACAACUGGUACGAUUCCAUCGAUGAUAAGAAAGUUAAUUGUACCGCAGAACAGCUCAAGGAGGCCCUGCAGUAUCACUUCACCACAGAAGGGAUGAUGUUGAAACCAGAUGACACCCCCUCCAUCUCAGGCAUGACUUCCAAGGAGUUUCUAGCUCGGCUAAACAGCAAACUGACCACCUCUCCCCAGAAGACAGCUGGAUACCCAGAAGCUCCCCUUGCCUAUGAUGCUAUAUGGGCCUUAGCUCUCGCUCUCAAUAAAACUCAGGAGAGACUAGCAAGCAGAAAUCUACGCCUUGAGAACUACACCUACGGGAAUGCUGACAUAGCAGAUGAAAUCUACAUGGCCCUAAAUUCAUCUAAUUUCGAGGGACUAUCGGGGACGGUGGCUUUUACAUCGACGGGUGACAGACUGGCCUGGACGCAAAUUGAACAAAUGAUCGAUGGGCAAUACAGAAAGAUCGGUUACUAUGACUAUGCAAAUGACAACUUAACAUGGCUUAAUACAAGUGAAUGGCCAGCUACUGGGAUUCCUAAAGACGGAGUGGAUACGAGUGAAGAGCUGGAGAGGAUAUCAAGACAGCUUUUCAUCUUGGUAUCAGUCCUGGCUGGUGUCAUCAUCUGCUUUGCUCUCUGCUGCAUCGGCUUCAACUUGUGCUUCCAGCAUACAGGAUACAUCCAGUGUUCCCAGCCCCAUGUGAAUAACGUGACAGCCCUGGGGUGCAUUGCUGCCCUCAUCUGCGUCUUCCUGCUUGGGUUUGACGGUUCCGAGUCAGACUCCUCAGAGAUUGACACUCGCCAGAAACAGGAUGAAUUCUCAAGAAUUUGCCAUUCUAUAGCAUGGCUGAUAAGCAUUGGAUUCUCUCUUGGGUAUGGCUCUAUGUUCUCUAAGAUCUGGAUGAUGCAUUCCUUAGUUACUCAGGAGAAGACAGAUAAUGAUGAUGGGAGGAGAAGAAGGAGGAAAGUCAGCCUGCAGAAGAAGAAGAAACCUGUUGUAAAGCAGAAGGUCAACACCUGGAAGAUGUACCUGACAAUAGGGAUCAUCUUCAUCCUGGAUUCCACCAUCAUCUUGGUCUGGCAGCUGGUGGAUCCCAUGUACCGCACGGUGGAGAACCUCCCCAAGGAAAUCUUCCCGGAGGAGGACCUGGAGGUUGUCCCUCAGCUGGAGCACUGUACAGCUAAAAACAUGUCUAUUUGGCUAGGUAUCUUAUAUGGUAUCAACGGCCUACUUUUAAUAUUCGGUCUUUUCUUAGCGUAUGAAACCCGUAACAUGACAGUACGGGAUCUAAAUGACUCAAGAUUGGUUGGCAUGGCCAUAUAUAAUGUUGCUGUAUUGUGCAUUAUUACAGCUCCAGUCACAUUAAUCAUUAAGAGUCAAAAUAAUGCUGUCUAUGGCUUCACUUCAUUCACUAUUGUCUUCUGCUCAGCAAUUACGCUAGCACUCAUUUUUAUACCAAAGGUGGUAUCUAUUGCACAUAAUCCCAAAGGCACAUAUAAUAAGAACACUCAGGGUCUGGCAGCGCCAUCCAGGGAGGAUGAAGAAAAACAUACAAGAUUAUCAGCAGAAAAUGAUGAGAUCAAGAGACAUAUCAAAGAGCGAGAGGACAAGAUCAAGAUGCUCACAGAUAAGAUCCAACAGAAGACUCGGUCAAUGCCGAAGGGUGUGUUACCUCCCUCCUCUUCCUCACCGGGCACUGCCCUACACCAAUCAACCCCCACCACUGCACAAAGAACAAGGACUUCCCUCAGGGUCACUGAUAAGAUCACACCCCCUCACCUUUCGGUGGAGGACAGUGCGUAUGCUUCCAUGGCCGCGCCCACCACCGUCACGCCCAAGCUGAUCCACGGCGAGAAAGUCUCGGGCAUCAACGAGGACGAUCUCUCAGAGACGUACAUCUGAUGAACAGAGACUUCAUGCGGAAGAAUCGCUUUUGCGGUGGACAUCCCUGUCCCAAUGGGGUGACUUUUUGAUGCAACAUGACGCCAAAGUUGUAUGGAUGCGGGCCUUUCUUAGCUUCCAGAUUGUUAAUUCGAGGAGGAUGGUGGUGCCAUCCAGUAACCCCAGCGGUUGGCCUUGACGAUUAUGAAGGGAAGAGUCUGAGCUAUCUUGUGAUGUGAGACUACAUGCGUUGUCUUGCCAGGUUUAGUAAGCUUUUCCAUCAAUGCCCUGUAAAAGGAUCUAUUCAGAAGCAAGAACAUUCUUCCUGGCCGAUGGCCACGAGGUGAAGCAACUACUCUUCUUGUUUGAAGUGUAUCAUCAAGAAGCUUCAUGAGAUCAUUUAUGAGAUAAACUCAUGGUUGCAAGCGAUGUGAGCAUGGAAUAGAUUGCAUCUGGAUACGCACGAUAGAAACUGUCCAAAUGCGAAAGUGGGACAUGAUCUAGAUAAACAAAAUAUAAGCCUCAGGAAAAGCCCUUGAAGUUUCUUGGUUAGUCAUUUCAUACUACAAUCAUUGAGAGACUCCGGAACUCAGAGAACUUCUUUCAGGGAGAAGAGUUAGAGUAUUGAGCUUAUUUGAGUAUCACACUGAAAACCAAAACAUUAUUUAUAAUAAGCUGAAGAAAGUUUUAUGUGAUGACCUCUCAAUUUUUUUUCAUCACAAGGUCCUUAGAGGCAAUGGGCAGUUACUACAUGGAGUUAUUGGAAGAAUGAGAAAAAGUUUUAUUUCAAUUAUUGAACCUUCAAGUUUCAUUGUAAAAAAAAUGAACUUAACACUUUUGACAUAGGCAGAUUUUUUUUUUAUAGCGAGUUUAACAUUUUUGUUCAUUUUUGACCCAGUGAAAUGUAUAAGACGGCUGAAAGUCAGAUAACCCAAUACUCACUCUUGGCUAUAUUUUUUAGGUAAAUGUAGUAUAUCACAAGUCUUAACAAUUACAAAGUAGUUCAAGAUGGAUGUUUGGCUUAUUUGAUUUCUGUUCGGUCAUUUUACCAUAUUACCAUAUUUCUCAGUUUCUAGUCCUAAUUUGACCAUGAUAUUUAAAGAAAUAUUCAUAAUUGCUAGCAAACUGAUUUCAAUUAAAAGAUCAGUCAAAAGUAUGAAUAGGUGGUGUCUUUAAAAGUGAAAACUAACAUCUUUAUUUAUUUGGGAUAUUUGAAUAAAAAAAAAGACUUGGGAUUUGGUAACAUACAGUUUUUUAAUGAGAGUAAAUAUGAAUGGAAAUUCACAAAUUUCGUCACAGAUGUUUUUAAUUUGGAUCCUACAGAACAAAUGCAUGGACUUGCCUGACAAAAACUUGAUCUUCUUUUGGAACAGCUUAUAUAGAGACUAGAUUUUAUAUAGUAUACAUGUCAUUUCUUUAUAAUAUAUUUUGUUAUCAGAUAUUGAAGGUGGAAAACUUUCACAAAAAAUACAGCAAUAUAACAAGCAAGAACUGCACAGCUAAGUUCAAAUGUCUAUUGUACAUAUUCUGUACAGUUUAUAUAAUAUAGCCUAUGAUCUAAAAUCAUGUUGACAAAUAAAGAUUGUGUAAAUAUGUACAAUGAAGAAAAUGUGAUGGGGGUGUGGCAAGUUUAUAAGGAGAUGAAAUUAUGACAGGAAAUCUUGCACUCAUCCUCAUUGUUUUCAGAUGAACUGAAAUAUUAUAUAUCUGGGCCCCGUCUUACAAAGGGUUACCAUUGAUCUGAUCAACCACAACUAUGGAAAGCAAU